AUGUAUCUCGCGACCAUACUCUUCGGGUCACUUGUGGCGGCCGCCUCGUCUGAUGUGCCAUACCAGCGAUACAUCUUGGCCCCAAAAUCGAGAGACUUGGUUCCAUCUUCUGUGCAUAACGUCAAUGGCACGCCCCCCGGUCAUGCAACAUUCCACGGUGUUUCAUCUGUCACGUAUGAUUUUGGUCUGAAUGUAGCCGGCCUAGUCACCUUGGAUGUUGGGGAGUCCUCGUCACCAUCUGCAUUUCUGGGUGUCACUUUCUCCGAGUCUAGUUUGUGGGUCAGUGACAAAGCCAGCGAUGCCACUGGGGACGAUGCCUUGGAUGUUUCACUUUGGUUCCAAGUUGGUAAAGGCGCAGGGGAGUACACGCCCGAAGAGAAACAUCUUCGUGGUGGAUUCCGCUAUCUGACAGUAGUGAGCAAUACGACAGCCACUGUCCAACUUCGGGGUCUUCAUGUCAACUACACCGCUGCUCCAGACCAGGAUCUGCGGGCCUACACUGGCUAUUUCCACUCAGAUGACGAGUUGAUCAACAAGAUCUGGUAUGCCGGCGCGUAUACUAAUCAACUUUGCACCAUCAACCCUAAGCAGGGUAAUUCACUUGUGCACUUGUUUGAUGAAACUAGCUCCGAUGAAUCCCAACUCACAGAGCCUGCCACCUGGUGGAACAAUUAUACCAUCACCAAUGGGAGUAGCACGAUCACAGAUGGCGCAAAGCGUGAUCGCCUUGUGUGGCCCGGUGACAUGUCCAUUGCCCUCGAGUCCAUUGCUGUCAGUACCGGUGACUUGUACAGCGUCCGCACUGCCUUGGAGGCCCUCUUUGUUCUGCAAAAGUCCAACGGACAGCUACCUUAUGCUGGAAAGCCCUUCUUUGAUGCUGUCAGCUACACCUAUCAUCUGCACAGUUUGAUUGGUGCUUCAUAUUUGUACCGCUUUUCGGGUGAUAAGCGAUGGCUUUCACAGCACUGGUCCCAGUACAAGCGGGGUGUCCAGUGGGCUGUUUCAAGCAUUGACAGCUCUGGCCUAGCAAAUAUCACCAGCACAAGUGACUGGCUACGUUUCGGAAUGGGAGGCCAUAACAUCGAAGCAAACUCCAUUCUUUACUACGUUCUUCAGGACGCUCAACAACUUGCGAAAGAGUUUCGAGAUACGUCUUCCGCCGCGGAAUGGAAGCGCAUCGCAGAAAAGAUCAAAGUCGUCGCUAAUCAGAAACUCUGGGACGACAAGAAUGGACUUUACAUUGAUAACCAGACAACCACCCUUCAUCCGCAAGAUGGAAACGCAUGGGCUAUCAAAGCCAAUUUGACACAGUCAGUAAAACAGCGCAACACUGUAUCCAACGCCCUCAAAGCACGAUGGGGCAUCUACGGAGCACCUGCUCCCGAGGCCGGUCAAACCAUAUCUCCUUUCAUCGGCGGCUUUGAACUACAAGCUCAUUACCUUGCCAACAAGCCAGACUCUGCUCUGGACUUGAUGCGUCUACAAUGGGGCUUCAUGCUAAACGAUCCACGCAUGACUCAGUCGACUUUCAUUGAAGGGUAUUCCACAGAUGGGUCUCUUCAUUACGCACCCUACUCCAAUGAUCCUCGCGUAUCGCAUGCACAUGGAUGGUCCACAGGCCCUACAUAUGCCCUUUCUGCAUACGCGGCAGGUAUUCAGCUCACUGGGGCUAGUGGCUCAAGUUGGACCAUUGCACCACAGCCUGGAAAUCUCUCCUCUGUAGAUGCGGGCUUCACAACUUCACUGGGAAAGUUCUCGACAACGUUCCGCCAUACUGGUGGCAAAUUCAGUCAGUUUUCCUUCGAGACCCCUUUUAACACUACUGGAAAGGUGGUUUUGUCUGGUACUCAGGGCGUUUUGAUAUCGAGAAGUGGCGAGCGUGUCAAGCUAUCGAAUGGCUCGGCUACAGGUUUAGGUGGAGGUAUCUGGGAGUUGCAUGUUUGA